GGUGUUUACCACUUGGGGGCAGUGCUGAGCUGUUUAAAACUUUGUGACCAGACCGUAGAAGAAGAGUGCGGCUCGCCAUGGCGGAAACAGGGGAGCAGUCAGCAUCUAGUCCUGAAGAUGAAGCACCUGAAGCUGCGACCAUCUACAUCAUCCCCAAGAAGGAAAUCAGCAUGGUUCCGGAUAUGGGGAAGUGGAAAAGGUCGCAGGCCUACGCUGACUACAUGGGCUUCAUCCUGACCCUGAAUGAAGGAGUGAAGGGGAAGAAGCUGACGUCUGAUUAUGACGUUUCUGAGACAGUGGAGAAGCUGUUAGAUCUUCUGGGAACUCUGGACCAAUGGAUAAAUGAAACACCUCCCGUCGACCAGCCGUCUCGCUUCGGCAACAAGGCCUACAGAACCUGGUUCUCCAAAUUGGAGCAGGAAGCCGAGGCCUUGGUGUCGGCCGUUCUUCCUGCAGAGAAAGCUGCUGCAGCUCCAGAGAUCGCCGUCUACCUGAAGGAAUCUGUCGGGAAUCCGACCCGGAUAGACUAUGGAACAGGUCAUGAAGCGGCCUUCGCAGCGUUCCUCUGCUGCCUCUGUAAAGUCGGAGCUCUGAGAAUAUCCGAUCAGCUGGCUAUCGUCUUUAAGGUUUUCAAUAGAUAUCUCCAGGUGAUGCGGAAGCUGCAGAGGACCUACAGAAUGGAGCCGGCUGGGAGCCAAGGUGUGUGGGGACUGGACGACUUCCAGUUCCUGCCCUUCAUCUGGGGCAGCUCCCAGUUUAUAGAUCACCCAACGCUGGAGCCUCGGCACUUCAUCGAUGAGAGGGUUGUUAACGAGCACCAUCAGGACUACAUCUUCCUGGACAGCAUCAGGUUCAUAAACGAGAUGAAGACGGGUCCAUUUGCUGAGCACUCCAACCAGCUGUGGAACAUCAGUGCUGUUCCUUCUUGGUCCAAAGUCAACCAAGGCCUGAUCAGGAUGUACAAAGCAGAGUGUUUGGAGAAGUUCCCUGUGAUCCAGCAUUUUAAGUUCGGCAGCCUGCUCUCCAUCCAGCCAGCAAACCCUUGAUGCUCCACAGAGGAAGAAAACAACCAAAAUCACAACAGAUUUCCCUCCAGCGUUUCCAAAUCCGACAGCUGCAUAGUCCGACACAUGCGUUCCCUCAUGAGCACGCAUCCAUGACUUUCCUGCUCAGCAUGUUGUCGAUGACCUCUGACUCUCAAACAUCUGUGGAUUUUUGUCUUAUCUAUAGGAAAGGCUCAAAUAUAAGUUUUAUUUUGUAUUAUUUUCUGAAUGUGUGAUCAGGAAUGCUGACUCCGGUUGGCUGUUAAUAUGGAGACUGUUUGAAAAAUCUUCUUUCAUAGUGUUUUUGCUUUGCUUUUAAGGCCAAAGGUUAAACUUUUGCUGAAAUGUCAUCCGACUACCGUUCACAUGCUGACAACCGACUGUAGAAAGAACAUCAAUCUAGAUUAGACAUAAAGCAUCUAGAUUGGGAAAGUUUAGAUGGAAAAUCUCUGCAUGGAAUUCCACCUUUUAGUUUUCCCCCGACUGUCAUUAUGAAGCUCCAGCAAAUGAUAUCAGCUCAGUUCUGAUAAAUGUUGUCAUUAAAGAUUCAAAUGAAUUUAA